AUGCCCAAAAAAUUGCCAAAUAGCGGUUUUUAUUACUUCAUGCUAGAUUUCAAAGAACAGCAAAGGCUGAAAGGCGUCGAGUAUCAGGCCUUAAGUGAGGUCGUCCCAGUUGCCGAUCCGGAAUGGAGGAGUUUACCACCUUCAGCAAAAGCCAAGUAUGAGCAAAUAGCUACGAAAGCAAAGGAAAAGCGCAACAUGUCUAACACUAAGUAUGCGUCUACUGGCGUCCCGCUGCAAAUGAUUGCACAAAAAGAGGAGGAGAAACAGAAUGCCAUAGAUAACGAAAUACAGGACAUAAAAAACAUUAUAAAAACGAAAACCUUCAGCAAUGAAAUUUUAGAUGAAUACUUCUAUUUGAUAGAUGUAAAUUAUUAUUGUAAAUGGGAGGACGGCCUCUAUUUGAUUGGAGAGAGUACCGUUUUGAGAUUCAACCUGCGAAAUGGAAUCAAAGAUUAUUACCCGGAAUUGAUCAACCCUGGAAUGAUUCCGACUGGAUACGCGUCGGAUGUAAAAGAGGGGUGUAUAGAGUUCGGGCUGGACAUGCCGGAUGAGGAUUCACCGAGUAACAUGUUGGACAUCCUCGCGAAUAUCAUCGACUUCCUCAGGCAGAAGGACGUUCAGUCGAAGUCUCUACCGCCCCUGUUCACAAUGCCGGAGAAAUUGAUUCAUUGUAGGAGCUUCUUGCAACAAAUGUGCCUGAAAGCUAGUAUUCCAUGUUUCAAAGAUGAGGAUGAAAAUAUCUUCCGUCUGUACCGCCUGGACACGUUGUUCUUCCACCUGAUCAACGGCAUAAAAACUCAUAAAAAUGAAGGGUUCCCGCACGAGUCCCUCGCACUUGCGGUACUAAGAAAAGACAGCUUCAGGUACAGCCAAGGGUUGGCUUGCAAACACCAUACUGAUAAAGGCAAGCCGAUAGAAUGCACGGACUCUCGCACGUUCCGCUGGGCAUACACCGUGCUCGACUCGUGCUGCCCCGUCGCGGGCAUCCAGGUCCGUCCCGGGAACCAUGUGCCCAGCGACAUAAACGUUGAAAAAUUCAAGGACGAAAGGGCCGCCCGUACUAGAGCUAGAAUAGCAGGAUAUGAGGCGGCAUCAUCGUCCUUGAAUACAACUGCUAACGACUCCAUAUUGGAAGACAACGCGAGCACUACAGGCUCCGUCGUCAGUGCGUCGGCGAGGGCCUGGGCUCAACCCUCUGGCAGUCAGGCGUCGAGUGCCUGGCCACAACUCGCUGCCAAUCAGCCGUCGAAUGAUUGGCCUCAACUCUCUCCCAGUCUGUCGUCGAGUGCCUGGCCUGGCCUCCCUGGCAGUAGCAGUGGCUCUGGUAGUCAGAUGACAAGAGCCUGGCCACAACCAUUUGUCAGUCAGUCGUCCAGAUCCCGGGGUAAACCCUCCGGCAGCGGUGUUGACCGGCAAUCUGAAUCUGGGAGACGAGAGCGACGCACACACGAACCUUUGCGCAUGCCGCAAGCUGACUAUUCCCAGAACAUCCAGGGAACGAACGAAUGGAUGGAGAAACAUAGUCCUCUUCUGGAGACAGGAAGCCGUGGACGUGGUCGCGGCCUAGCUAGCAGCAUGAGCAAGAUGAACAUAAAUAAAAAAAAGUAA